UCUCUCUGACGGACUUAGCCGAUGUUUGCCGAAGUGAGCCGCCGGUGAAGCUGCUCCCUUUAAACAGGCUGCUCUCCGCAGUUUUUUCCAGCCGCUCUUUGUUCACGACCUGCUCCCUCAGACGCCUUUCCCCUUUAAGGUGAUGUCGGACACAGCGACGCGUUAUUUAAUUAUUUUGUGUCAUGUCGGCAGGCAGAAACUUGGACCGAACAACAAAAGCCAGCGACGGUAGGAGGAGAGGAGUGUAGCAUCCCCGGCGGGCAUCAUCACAUGUCGGAGCGGCGGAGAGGCUAGCGGUCCGGUGUCCUUGCUCGUGUCAGCGGCCAGCAGUGGUUCUUCAGAGACUGUUUGUCCGGUACAGAAAUGUCUGCCCGUGCAGCAGACUGGCACCGAGGCGCAGAGGAGAUCCGGUGAAUGCGGCGAAACUCGUGUUUAGGAUGUUCGGCGGAGACCAGUAGGAUUCGGGCUCACAUUUAGCAGCGUUUUAACGGAGUUUUCCCACAACUCUGCCAACCUUCUCCUCCACCUGCGCCUUCAGCCGCCCAGCGAUGACAUCCCCGGACUCGCCGCCGUUGGUCUCCCCGUCCCCAUGCCCCGCUCCCCCUCCGUCCCUCCCCUCCUCCCCCGUGCCGUCCUCCCCCGCCCCGUCCUCCUCGUCCAUCCCUGCGCCGCCGUCGCUGCCUCCCACGGGCGAGGUGAUGGUGCUGGCGCUGGGCAGGAAGAAGCAGAGGGUGCUGAUCGCCCUCUCCAUCCUGCCCAACCUCUUCCUGGCCUUCCUGCUCUCCUCGGACCCCCUCAUCACCCUCUCCCCUCACCACCACUGCCGCCUGCCGGGCCCCUUGCCGUCGCCGGAGGUGCUGAACGCCUCCCUGCCGUGGGAGAAGGGGGAGAGGCCCGGGGACAACGGGGCCCCGUCCCAGUGUAAGCAGUACGCCAACGGCAGCCAGUCAUCUGUGGUGGACUGCGAGGCUGGAUGGGACUACAACGUGACGGAAGGGCUGAAGAACAACAUCGUUACAGAGUGGGACCUGGUGUGUGGUCAGUACUGGCUGGUCCCAGUGGAGGAGGUGUGUUUCAUACUGGGCGUCCUGACUGGCUGCCUCGGCUUAGGCUACGCCGCCGACAGGUUGGGCAGAUCUAAGACCCUGCUGACCUCUCUGACCCUGUCGGUGGUGUUUGGGGUGCUGGUGUGCGUCUCUCCGUACCCUUCUAUCUUCAUCGUCAUGCGUUUCUGUCUGGCUGCUGCUAGUGCAGGCGUCUAUCUCACUCUGUACAUCACCCGCCUGGAGCUGUGUGAGCCGUCUCUCAGGCUGGUGGUGACCAUGAUGGCCGGACUGAUGACUGUAGCCGGAGAGCUGCUGCUGCUGGCUGUGGCCCUCGGGUGCCAGUCCUGGAGGGGCCUGCUGGGAGCUGGAGCCGCCCCGUUAACUCUCUUUCUCAGCUACGGGGUUCCUGGUGUAUUUCCAGAGUCUCCACGCUGGCUCCUUCUGUCGGAGCGAUCUGCCGACAUGAACGCGUUCAGCGAGAGAAGAAUCAACAGAGACGACGAGAGCUUCACAGAGCUGGAUUCAGAGCCGGCCCCCUCCUCACGCCCCCACCUGUCCUUCCCUGAACUCUUCCACAGCAGGAACAUCUGGAAGAACAUGUGUGUGCUCGGCUUCACCUCAUUCAUCUCUCACGGCAUUAGUCACUGCUACAGCUCUUUCCGAGGUGACGUCAGAGGCACCGCCCCCAGCUUCUACUGGACCUACCUGCUGUCUGUGUGCGCAGGGGGCGGAGCCUGGCUGUUGCUCUGGGCGACCGUGGACAGGUGCGGUCGCCGUGGCAUCCUGCUCCUCUCCAUGACGAUGACGGGCCUCGCUUCUUUGAUCCUCCUGGGACUCAUGGAGUAUCUCAGUGAGACGGCCAUCACGGUUUUCUCAGUGCUGGGUCUCUUCUCUUCUCAAGCCACCGCCUCCCUCUGCAUCCUCUUCACUGCAGAGAUCAUGCCCACCAUCAUCAGGGGUACUGGUGUCGGUGCCGUGCUCGCUCUGGGCUGCGUUGGUCGCCUCAGCUCGCCGCUCAUGGACCUGAGGAACCACUACGGCUACUUCCUGCACCACGUGGUCUACUCCUCUCUGGCCCUGCUGGCCGUGCUGUCCAUCCUGCUGCUGCCCGAGAGCAAGAGGAAGCCGCUGCCCCAGACGCUGGCCGACGGGGAGCAGUACCCGCCCCCGCUGGGCCGGAGGAGAAGGGACAACGUGCCGCUGCUGGCGACGCCAAACCCAGAAACCUAAGAGAGCCUCCAAGAGCGUCCUAAACCAGUCACUUUGCAGCAGGAACAUUCUCAUCUACCAUGUUCAUGCAGAGGAGGAGAAGGACAAAGCAAUAUGUGGAAAGAAGAGCAGAAAGAUGGAGAGAA